AUGAGCUUACUUCACAGGCUUUCCAGUGACCGAGAGUUUGCAUUUAAUUACUCCAUGUCGAGUGUUACCAGUCUGAGCAAGAGUUGCGUGUAUAGACUGUGGGAGCGCCAACUUAUGGGGGACCAUGGCCAUCCCGUCGGUGUUUUCAUGAGUUGUCGUAACUUCCAUGCGUCAAAGCAGACAAUUUUGGACCGCAAUGGUGGAAGCAUGUGGAAGCACUACUCGAGGGUUCAUGUCGUGAGGCCGGACGAGCCAAUCCUGCAAAGCCUUUGCAAUGGCUUGGCUACUUGGGAAGGACAGUCAGAAUCUCUGCAAAACUCAGUGGACCAGGCUUCUUUGCGAGUUGCUGUAGCGCAAUCAGCACUUGGCAGCCCAGCCUUCCUCGAGAUUUGCAGGCCGAGCUGUCCACGUGACACAGACCGCAACUCCGAUGCUGCAGAACUGGAGGCACCAAAUCUGCUGCGUGCAGAUGCUGAGCUUCGCGCUGCAGAAGAGGCUUUGCCACCUUCUGGGCGGUAUGCUGCCUUGUUGGAGCGGGUGGUGCAGCUAGGAUCAGCAGAAACAGGUAGGUCAAAAGUGACCAGCCAUGGCCCGGGCAGCUCAGGUGCAAAAAUUGCCGAAGAGAAUGCGUGGCUUUAA